AUGACUCGACCCCCGCUACCGUCGUUGACUCGCACCUGGCAUAGCUCCUCGUACGCCUCGAUCGAUGUCUCGCGCCCAGAGCUGAGCUGUGCGGGCAAGAGAGUGGUCAUUACUGGCGCCGGCAGUGGAAUCGGCCGCGCCAUCGCCCAUGCCUUCGCACGGGCAGGCGCCAGCGAAAUCAUUUUGAUCGGUCGCAACGAGGCUUCGCUACGAGAGACCCAAAGCCUGUUGAGCAGCCAGACGAGUACUUCUGUUCGCCCCGCCGAUGUGACCGACGAGAAGGCCUUGGCAGAGAUAGCGGCCGCAGUGGGGACGUGGGAUGUGAUGGUCCUCGCGGCUGGGUACAUCGCAAAGCCCACUCCGGUGCGCGAGUCAUCUGUUCAGGAGUGGUGGCAGUGUUUUGAGACCAAUGUCAAGGGCACCAUGGUUUCCACCAAUGUCUUCCUCCCUACUGCGAACCCGACUCACGCCGCCAUCAUCGGCAUUACUGCUGCCGUGGUCCUCCCCGUGCAAACUACAAAGGGUAUGUCGGCCUAUAUUAGCUCCAAACUAUCACUGGUCAAGGUGAUGGAAUACAUCGCGGCAGAGAAUCCGAAUGUCUUUGCCGCGGCCUUGCACCCGGGGAUGGUCAAUACGAAAAUCCUCCGCGAGUCUGGGGCGGAUCCGAACAAACUGCCUCUCGAUUCGGAUGACCUCCCCGCCGACUUCACCGUUUGGCUCACCAGCCCCGAAGCCGCAUUCUUGAACGGUCGCAAUGUUUGGGCAAACUGGGAUGUUGACGAGCUCAAAGCUAAGGCCAAUGAGAUUCAGUCGGGUCAACUCUUGCACGCGGGCGUGUAUGGGUGGCCGUUUAGCCCCAUCUAG